UCCUUUCUAAGGCAUACCGGUAGUUCCUAGAUAAUCAGAAGACAACAACGCUGUCUACUGUAUAUAAAAAUCACUAAUCUCAGUGUUUAUAUAACCGUUAUCGACACCAAAGCUUAUACUUCAUUCCGGGAAAAAUGUCAGUUACCCCAGAUUUGAUUCGUGAAAAACUGAUUGCGGAGAUUGGUGCGAUACACGUGGAUGUAGAAGACACGUCUCCUAACAGAUGUGCUGCCAGUUUUAAAGUUCUUGUAGUAUCUCCUCAGUUUGAGGGGAAACCAUUGCUGCAGAGACACAGGAUGGUGAAUAAUUGCCUUGCCGAGGAACUGAAAGAGAUCCAUGCGUUUGAGCAGAAAACACUGACACCAGAACAGUGGGAGAAACAGAAAGCACAGUGAUGCAUGCGAGCGCACACAUGCGCACAAAAUUCAUUUAUGCAGCCAUCAAAUAAAACAGCAGUGACUUUUUUUUAUAUAUAUAUUUCAGUCUUUCCUUCUAAAGUAAAAUAAUACCAGUGUAAUGAAAAUCAGUUGACUUCAUUUUAUGAUGUAAUUAUGCUUCAGUUUUAACUGUCACUUAAUGCAUAACAUCUUACAUGCAAAUAAUUGAAAUACAUUAUGUGCUAUAUAAGGGAUCUUUGAAAUUGUAGUAUGCUGACAAUAAAGAACAUUUCUGGACAUAA